UCCCCUCCUCUCUUUUUUCCCUCCCUCCCCGAGGCCACACCUCUUCCAACCCUCGCCCCUCCAACACCUCCAACGACCCCUCCAACGCUAGACAUCCUUACAAUGCCUUACUGAGGAGUUAGAACUUAUUAUGGAACGUUCUCCAGUGGAGGUGUUGCGUAUUGUUGCAUAUGGCUCCCUUUUUCUACGGGGUGUUGUUCCGGAGAACACUUGCGUAAAUCUUCGAGGGAGACACAGUGAGUGGUAGUUACUUCGUCUGGUGAAAAUCUUGCGAAAACUUUUGUUUAUCGAGGACAGUCGGAAUCCCUAUUGAGAAAGUUUAAAAACUCGCAUUUAGAAAAAAGGACCAGGAUACUGGAACUGACGAAGUGCUUUCGUUCAGUAAGAGAAAUAUGGAUACUGCUGGCGUGAGAAAUAUCUUGAGAAACAGUUAAGUGAGAGAAGCUGACUGAUAAGAGAUAUUUGAAAGUUCUUGUUUUAAGUUCGCUGUUCAUGACCAGACAGAAUUUGUAGUUCCUCGGACAAUAGUGAACUUGUGCUGUGUUCAGGAGUUCAGAGGGGCAGGUGUUGUUGUUUGAAAGCUGUUAUCGGUGUCGCCGCGGCCGGUGACACCGCAGCUACCCCUGUUGCAUCCCAACUACCACAUCUACCACAACUACCACCAUCGCCACCACAGCUUCCACCAUUUUCCACCUCAACUACUGUCACUUCCCACGAUAACUGCUACCAUCAUCUACCACUGUUGCUCUACAACAGCCACCACCACAACUACCACCAUCACCACCGCAACUACCACCAAACUACCACCGUCAAAUCAUCGACACGCAUCAGACACAUAAAACAAUGAUUCAACAAGUGCAUACUGAUGAGGGACUGGUUUAAUCUCGAUCCACUGACUACUUAAACCAGUGUGUUGGUCCCACUGCCUGUCCAUUCCUACAGACGAGAUUCAGGUGACGAAUAAGUGAAAGUUUCUCCUUACCUCAGCUGGUCCCCUGCCCAACCCAGCUGGCCUUCCUGCCCGACCCAGCUGGUCCCCUGCCCGACCCAGCCCACUUCUUCCUCGUCUGGUGUGCGGUAUAGGAAAGGAUUUGUGGAUUAUUCAGACGUGACGGCUGGAAAUUGAACUGAUAAUUCACCGGAUCGUGUAACAUUUUUAUUUUAGCCCUUGUCUAAUAAAAAAAAGACGACUUUUUUUUACUGUGGUCUUGCGAUAUCAAGAAAUAUAAAGCGUCCGUGAUGAAUUAGAUUAGAACUUUUUUCAGGCAGAGUCGAGACAAUCUCUCUGGUGACAUCUGCGUUGUCGAGGUGAUUCUCUCCGUGAGGUGUCAGUGACAGGAAAGUCGUAGGUGGCUUAGCUUUUAUGUGCAUCUAAUUAAUUUUCUCGUUUGAAAAAUGACAAAUUCAAUGUGAUGCAAAAAAUGCAUUGUUGCUCUUUUACGGCAUAAAAUCUGACAACUCUAAGACGAUAGGGAAAACAACAUUUUUAAGUGUACUGUGGAUGAGAACUGAGAAGAUGAAAAUUAUGUGAAGACGCUGAUAUCAUUAUUAUUUUGAUGUGAAUAGAUAAUCGAUAAACUUGUUUGGGUUAUUCAGCGCAAGUAGUCGUUGAGAAUCUAGUCUCCGUUUAAUUACUACGAGGCAGAAACGAAGCUCUCUCUCAGUCAGGUAUUUGUGAGACUAGAGGAAUAUUAAAUAUUGUUUGUUCUCAGUCUCCGUCGUGGUAUGCCAUGCUCAGCUGAGUGCCUCUCUCUUGCAUGUGCCACACUUACCAUACCCAUUUACUCAUGUUGGAGGAAUCGAGUGAGGGUUCAACGGGAGGAGUGGUGGAGGAGCAAGAUGGUGGAGAUACGUUUGAGGGGGUAAGUGGCGUUCAGGUCUCCUGCAGUGACUCCGGAGGCUGUGGCGGAAGAUUCUCCCCUCAGGAGGACCUAACUCCUCAGUUCAUUUCAUGGGAGAAGCUGGGAAAGCUUCUUCUAGAUCCCGGCUUUGCUAAUGCUACAAACGGCUCCCGCCAUCCUCUGUUUAACUUCUCUAUCAACGAAGCCUACGACAUCAUCUCUGACACCCAGGCUGGCUACCUGGACGUGGUGACACAGGUCGUUUUCAUCGUCUGCUACAUCAGCCUCAUCUUGUUCGGGGUCGGGGGUAAUAUGAUGGUUGGCUGGGUCAUCUGGCGCAAGAGAACCAUGCGAACGCCCAGGAAUUUGUACAUCAUAAAUCUAACAAUGUCGGACCUGAGCAUGUGCUUGAUCUGCAUGCCCAUCACACUCGUGGGUCUCCUCCACAAGAACUGGGGAAUGGGGAGCCUUGUCUGUAAGCUUGUUCCUGUGCUACAAGGGGCGAACAUCAUGGUGUCUACAUCGACGGUCGUAGCCAUAGCGGUGGAUCGCUACGCCACCAUUGUCAAAGUAGGGAGAUCAAUGGGGAGUAAGUUAAACGUAGCUGCUUCUAUAUGCGCCAUCUGGGCUUCAUCUGUACUCUUCGCACUGCCACUGUAUUUCUACUAUAUUGUUAAACAAGUAAAGCUCCACAACAUCCUGCUGUACGCCCGCUGCGUCGACCAGUGGCCCUCAAGAAGUGUGAAGAACGUGUGGAUCAUCGCGCUGCUGCUGACGCAGUACGGCAUCCCCAUGGUGGUGCUGAGUGUGGUGCAUGCUCGCAUCAAGCGUUACCUGGGCCAGCAUAUGAUGGGACAGUAUGAUGCCAGGAGAGCGCAGAAAGAAAUCGAGAGAAAUCGCAAGACUACCAUUUUGCUCUCUACUAUUGCCGUGGCCUUUGGCGUCUGCUGGUUGCCCUGGAAUAUCGUCAACUUGCUGGCAGACUUCGGAUACGAAGGUUUCAGAGAUCCGACUCAUCUGUAUACUGUUUUUGGUGCCUGCCAUAUGAUCGCCAUGAGCUCAGCCUGCAUCAACCCCGUCCUCUACGGUUGGCUCAAUACUAACCUCCGUCGGGAACUGUUCGAGUUCCUGCCACCAAUCUUCGCCAAGAUGGGUUGGAUUCUUCCCGAGUCUUUCAGGAGGAGAGGCGAAGACUCGCCUACGAGACAACCUGAGAGCGUAACACUGCUGGUGUUCCAAGCCAAUCAGACCAACACCAUUCAGACGGUGGCUCACCCGCCUCAGACAACCACGACUACCACAAUCCUUAAGGAUGACACCUAGCAAGGUGAGUGCCUAGCCCUCCAGCCGUCUUUUUUCGUUUACUCUAUCCCAAUGAUUUAUCUCAAUUUUCCAUAUUGGUUGACAUUUUGAUCACAUGUGUGACUCAUAUGAUGUAUACACCCUUCUCCAUGCUGCAUUUACUAUACUUACUCUACUAAACCUUAAGGUAAAAGAAGACUAAAAACAGGAGAUUAAAAAAAUUAUAUCAUAACUGACAUCGAAAAUGCAGUCGAACACGACACUGUGACAAACAGAAUUCACUGAUUCUGAUGAAUAAAACACAUGUACAACAUCUAGGCAUCUUUAAUGGAGAAACUUUUUGCCUGCAUAGUAGACUUUAUCAAUCUAAUAAUCCUAAUCUGUUGGGUAAUUACCAUAAAACUACCCUUUUCAAAAGCGUUAUGUGUAGGCGAGUUUGUCAGUCGAAGUUUGUCAGUCAUAGGGAGACAGUACUUCGAAGUUUUUCACUACCGUUUAUUCUUAGUUUUGUCUUAAUGUAAGUCAAACGCAGCAAGACGGUACCGUAGAUUUUUUCAAAUAUGCUAGUGUAAGAGUAAGUCAAACUUGGCAAGACGAUACCGUAGACUUUCUCCAAACCACCACUUGGGUAAGUGAAAGAAUCACAUGACAUUUAGUAGAAUAUGCUUUCUAAAAUUCACUACGAAAACUUUCUCUGGUUCUGAUAUACUACAUCAUCCUUGGCCGCCUACAUGCUAGGGGACGCUAGGACCAAUUCAGUGCAGUAUGCGACCAACUUGCUAGGAGGCGUCAGGCACAAUUCACUACCCGAGGCGACCAAAAUGCAAGGGGAUGCCAGGAACUAUCCACCACCCUAGGCGACAUAGGAGAGAGUGCAAUGGACAAAUGAAAUAGCAGCAGCAACACACACAGCAAGAGGCAUUCUUGAGCUUCCCUAACGCUCGGGAUUAAUGCCCAAAGCUGAGGUGUGGCUCCAAAAGGAUCCUGUAGUUCUUGCUGCCUUUGCACCUCCUGACAUCGUCUGCUGCUAUGUAGCUGCCACACCCUUCGAGCCCAGUGUGGGCGGGUUUUGUGGCAUCCCAAGGUGCCUAGCUUUUCCCUCCGAGCCCCGUAGGCGCGGGGAAUUGGGCUAAGCCUGGGGACAGCUAGUCCCAGAAGAAGAGGAGGUACUUUUAUCUCCCCCCAUGGCAGACAUUGGUCUGAGACAUUCCCGCGAAAGGGAGCCAAAGCCACGCCACCACUUGAAAAAGGCCCAGGCCGGGCUAAUAUACAGGCGAAUCUACUACCUCCCUACCUACCCUAGGCGACUAGCCUGCUGGGAGAUACCAGGAGCAAUUCAUUACAUUACGUGACCAACCUGUUAGGAGACGCCAGAUACAAUUCACUAUCCUAGGCGACCAAGUCUCGCUGUUGUUCAACGGUGCUAAUAUUUACCUCCACGGCAGCAUUCACAUAUUGUGCAGUGAAGUUCGUUUUUAUAUUAGGGAGGAGGGCCUGAGAAUUAAUAUUUCCGUUUAUUUAACAAUACGAGGAUGUGAGAGCUCUGGGCUGAGGAGACUGCUCUGGUGGGCCAGGGUGGGGAGCGCUAGGCUGGGGUGGGCCAGGCUGAGAUUGGCCAGGCUGGGGUGGGCCAGGUUAGCUGUAUGAAGCUUCUCUAUAUUUAGGGGUUAAUUCAAAUUCUUGAAAACAACUGAGAGAUUAAUCACAAAAUUUUGUGGUUUGUAAAUGCAUCCAUAACCACCACAAUUACUACCAACGCAAGCGCCACCUACACAACCACCACCAAAAACGCAGGCAUCACCUACACAACCACCACUACCAGCGCAGGCAACAACUACACAGCCAUCACCACCAACGCAAACGCCACCUUCACAACCAUCAACACCAACGCAGGCCCCACCUACACCACCAUCAACACCAACGCAGGCACCACCUACACCACCACCAACACCAACGCAGGCACCACCUACACCACCAUCAACACCAACGCAGGCACCACCUACACCACCAUCAACACCAACGCAGGCACCACCUACACCACCAUCAACACCAACGCAGGCACCACCCACGUAACACACUCGGUCACAAAGGGGUCUUGGUCCCCAUUAAAGCUUCCAGCUUAUAUCUGGCAGCGGUGAUAAAUACUUCAGCUCUCUCCUCCUCUUCUUUCCUCCUCCUCCUCCUGAUUCUGUUCACCUUUCUCCUUCUUCUUCCUCUU